UUUUCAGGAAAAAGACCAAUAUGGCAAUGAAGUACAACGGUUAGCACGUCCUCUUCCUGUUGAAUACUUGUUGGUUGAUGUACCAGCCUCUACACCGCUACAACCGCAAUACACAUUCACCCAAUAUGACAAGAGAACACCAUUCCCGGUAGAAAAUCGUUAUUUGGAUGGUCAUUUGCAAGACUUUAAUGCCUUGAGCACGUAUUUAUCGCAGUGGGAGGAUGAAGAGUUUCUCGAAGCCAUUUCCGAUUUUCAUUUAUUAGUUUAUCUAUUCAAAAUGGACAUGUUGCCAUUGCGUCAACAUAUGAAACCUUUACUUGAGGCAGUGCGUAAUAAGAAUCCAAAUAUGGCUUAUGCCUUUAAAAAGGACGAUGUUUGGAAACUAUUAGAAUCAUUAAUACAUGCCAGUUCAUCGGGUAGUGGUGGCACUACCAGUUAUCCCUCUUCUUCAUCGGGUGUUCGAGCUGCGGCUGGUGGCUCUAAUUCUGGUUCAGCACAUGAAAAUGUUGCUACCGAAUCUGCUACUUGGACUUGUAAUCAUUGUACUUUUAUUAAUCGCGGUGAACUGAGUUCUUGUGAAAUUUGUUCUUUACCCAGAUAAACUUUUUUGUAGAACAAAACCAUCUAUCUGGAAGAAAGAAUAAAGUAAAGGAAAAGCAAAACAAAGUGUUCUAUCAAUCCCUUAAAAAAAACAAUAAAAAAAAACAAAAAAAAACCUUAAUAUUUUAUUAGUGCUUUAUAGAAUUUAUUAUUUAUAUAACUUUAAUAACGACCUUCCUCCUAUUACAAUUUCCUUAAGUUUUCUUGGUUUUUUCAACUCUCCCUCCCUCUUUUGAUUUCUUUUUUUUAUGUUAAAAAAACUAAACUCUUGUAAGACAAGACAAAUUACAAGUUUAAAAACAAAACA